AUGAAAUUUACUUACAUCUUUUUCUUUAUAAUCGGAAUGUUUUGGCUCAUCGAGGGAUAUACAGAAGAACCUUAUUCAAACAUAUACGAUCAAGUGGACGUCGAUGCGAUUUUUAAUAGCGAACGAUUUUUAAAUCAAUAUAUAAAUUGUUUGCUCGAUGAUGGUCCUUGUACCGCCGAUGGACGUAGUCUUAAGCAAGUACUUCCUGAAAUAUUGGCUACUCAAUGCGCGAGAUGUAACGAAUAUCAGAAGAAAAUAGCAAAAAAGAUUUGGCAGCUGAAGGAAAAGAAGCCUAAGGUAUGGGAUCAGUUCAAAAAGAAAUACGAUCCUGAAAAUAUAUAUAUCGAUAAGUUUGAAGAAUAUCUUAAAAAUAAUUAAUCUAUGUAUAUAACAUGAAUAUAAAAUAUUAAUAUAUAUAUAUGUAUAUAUAAUACAUACAAGUAUAUAGAUGUUAUUCAUAAAUACGUAUAAAACGUUUAAUUUCAAUAAUAAACUUCACUUUUUAUUAA